AUGUUGUUACAGGCUAAAGAUGAUGACUCUUGGUUUGAACUUCCUUCUGUGGCUCUGUGCCUUGAAUUUACCAAUGUCAUGAAGUUUGGCAAUUUUAUAACCAAAAUCGGAAAUCUUGCACACUACCAACAGCUAUUUCUACCUCCUGUCGACUCAAAAGUUGAUGAGGAUUCAGAGGACGAAAACGAUUCCGAUGUUGAGGGCCAUGAGAAUUCGGAUGAACAAAUCCGCUCGAUGAAUCCAAGGCGUAAUCCUUCAGGGAAAGCCUCGACGGGCCCGGCGAUAUCUGGAUGCAUG